AUGAAGUCAAUAAGCGACUCGGGUGGGUAUGUGUCGUUUGGUCUCCCAGAGUUUGAAAACUCUCAAAAAACCAGCGGAUUUCUGAAAAGAUUUGUGAAUAGACUGACAAGCAGUACUACAGUUCACACAAAGGAUGCUAAAAAUAAAUUUCAGUCCACAGAAGUCCCUCAGAUAUCAGCUGAUAGUAAAAAUGAACAUAAUGGCCUCUCAGCAUUGGAUGAAAACAUAUCUGACGGAAUGUCUAACUCUUCUUCACAUAAUCAAUUGCCUGGAUCUAUUCGACCACCGGAAAGACGUUACUGGAUGCAAGAUGAAAAUUGCAAAUUUUGUUUUGAAUGCGGUACACGUUUUACUGCCAUCCGCCGUAAACAUCAUUGCCGUGUUUGUGGGAGGAUAUUUUGUAAUCAGUGCAGUAAUCAGAUUGUUGAAGGGACACAAAUUGGACUUGAUGGUCUUCAACGAGCCUGCAGUUAUUGUGCUGAAACACUAAUUAGUACUAAUACCAAUAAACCAGAACAUUCAUUGGACAAAAGUUCUGUCAGAUCGCUAAAUACAGACAAUAUUCAUGGUUUGAAGAAAAAAAUAAGCUUGACAGAAAAAUCCCAGAGAAACAAUAAUCGACCAAAGUCUGUUCCAUCUCAUGUUAGUCAUCUUUCCAAUCUCACUAUACGCAUGAGUACUGGUUUGUUGAAUAUAUCCAAUUCAAAAGCAUUGCUUACUCCACCUUCAUAUUUGGACAGAAUAGCUGUAGAUUUAGUUAGCCCAAACAAUUCUACUUCUACCAGUUCAGCAGAUGGAUGCAGAGACUUGUUUCCUACAUUUUUCUCGGCAACCUUCCCAAACGGUAAUGAUGCAUCUCCGUCAGUGGAUUUUAUUAGACAAACAAUGUGCACCAUUGAAUCUAAUACAUUUGGUGUAAUUCGUCGAACACCGCGCAUAAGUCAAGGUCCAGUUUUAAAUGAAUCGUUGAAUAUAGAUAUUUGCAGUGCUCCAUUCAAAAAAAUUUCUUCAUCUCAUUCGUUUGAAUGUUUACCAAGCAGUGCAUCGCAGUCAUUAUUCAAUUCAUCAGCAGGUCAAGAUAUACUUUAUUUAUGGUCAAGACUUUGGGCUAAUUCAUCAAAGGAUCUUGAUUUUUCAACUAUCAGUAUUUCACAGUUGACUGCAUCAUCAACUCGACCAUUAAGUCGUAUUAAAAAACGAAAUGAAGAGUACUACUGUACUUAUGGCCUAGCACUAGUUUAUUGGUUAGUCAAUAAUAUACCGGGUUUGGAACGUUGUAGAAUGAAAGGACGACUGGUCUGCCAAAAAUUUAUCGACCUUGGUUUACUAACUGAUCUACAAAAUCCUAACUGUAAACAGUUUUAUGACAACUUUACAUUUUAUAAAUUAAAACAGAUUGAUUCAAAUAGUCGAUUAUAUCAUCAAACUGAUUCAAGAAGAAAAACUGUGGAUUUUACUUCAUUUUAUAAUAAUUUUAAUGUCAACUCAACUUCUACUAAUAGUACUACUUAUUCAAGUAUACUUGAGAUUCAUGAACCAAAUUGGUUAUUAGAGAUUAAUAGUUCUGAGAAUGAGAUUUCUAGAUCUUCUUCACCUUGCUUGAUGGCAAGCUCCAAUGAUUUAAUAUCAAAACCACCUGGGGUUCGAUCCAGUUUUGAAGUUGGAAAAGAUGUUAGUAGAAUGCGAGAUUGUAGUCUUGAAUCUCUUGGUUCAACACAAAAAUGGAAAUAUACAACACAACCAACAUUAAAUAACCAGCAGCAGCCAGUUGAUCUUUCAGUACAGCUAAAUACUGGCUUACUGAUGAAUACUGAUGAAUACUUAUGUAACAUGAAGAAUAUCUUUGAUAAACAUAUAUAUCGGUUGGUUUUACAAGAUGUACGAGAUAAUGUCUUAGAUUCUAGCUGGGCAUCAAUUCUAAUUCGUUUGGCAUGGAAUGUUUGUCAAACGGUGCACUUUGAUUUACGAUCAACUGGUUUACGUUAUUUUCAAUUUAAUCGACAACAGAAGCAACAAUCUCAGUCAAAUAAUGAAACCGUAAAAAGUAAUGACGUACAGAAAUCUGUUAUGAAUUCUAAUACUGUCCAUAAACAACAAGUUUACUCACCAAUGGAUAUUCGAUAUUAUGUACAUAUUAAAAAACUAUUGGAUGAAGAUAACAAAAAUUCAGACUUGUUCCCUGGUCUUAUUAUCUCUAAACGUCCAACUCACAAAUUAAUGCCAACUGUCUUAAAUAAUCCACGCAUACUUCUAUUGGAUUCAUCUAUAAAUUAUCAACGUACUACUUCUAAAAUGACGUGGUUAGAAUCUCAGAUUAUGCAAGAAGAAGAAUACAUAACCAAUUGUGUUUGUAAAAUUCUCUGUCUACACCCCAAUAUUAUAUUCGUCAGUGGGACUGUUUGUUAUUUAGCACAGAAUUUUAUUUUCAAAGCAGGAAUCGUUUUAUUUUCCAAUGUAAAACAGUCGGUGUUGUACCGUAUUGCACGAAUGACGGGUGCUGAUAUCUUGGAUUCGAUUGAUCGGUUAAUGAGCAAUCCUUCAAGAAAAUCAGAUAAUAAUACUCAAAAGUCAACAACACGUCUUGGUGUUUGUAAUCAUUUUGAAGUUAGACAAUUACAUUUACCAGAUGAUUCUACGAAAUUUCUUACUUUCAUCAAAAAUAAUUCUACCGAAACUGGUUUGGCGCUUGAUUCUAAUCCUAUCCGGUAUAUCACUCAUGAAGCGACUGUUAUUCUACGAGAUAAUGAUCUUGCUUCACUUAUCCGUGCAAAACGUUGUUUUCUUUUCACAUUGCGCUUGUGCUAUAAUGCACAGUUAGAAUUGGCUUAUUCAAACAAUGAUCAUAUUUUUCAUCUUCCUCAUUUGUUACUGAAUACGGAUACGUAUUCAAGAUCACGUGUACAAUCUCUAAAUAAAAUGUGUUUACAUAACGAUGCCGAAUAUUCAUCGCUUUCUUCUCCAGUGUCGAGAAAAAAAGCGUUAUCCGACCCCAAUAGUUCAGUUAUUUCUAUUGCCUCUACGACCGAACAAACAUCUAUAUCAAACGAUGAAGAUGACAAAAAUCUCUGCUCUGAUUUAGCGAUAUAUCUUCAAGGACGUCUAUUAUCUGUCUCACCAAGUGUUGAAUUUCGCUUACCCUAUUUAGCAUCUAGAGAAGGCCAGUUAUCUUAUUUAUACCCAUAUUAUACUUAUGUAAUUGACUGGCCGUUAGGACGUAGACUGAAUGAUUUGAUGAAACGGAAAGAAAAAAUUUUAAAUAGUGAAUUGACAGCAUUAAAAUAUUACAUGAUGAGUGCUAAAUUACAUAAUCAUCCAUCAAAACAUAUUUCAAGUAACGAAUCAUCUCAUCCUUUCACAAAGUGUAAUUUGGAAAUUUUUACAUCCCCUACUUUACAUAAUUCAAAAUUAAAUCGUCUUUUACCAUAUUUUCUUAGUGAUAACAGUGACAAUAAUGAUAGUUUUAGAAAAAAUAAUUUUGCAAUUGAUGGAUUAAUUAUCUCUGAGACAUUGACAUCAUCUGAUGAAGCCCUGUAUACUGAUUAUAAAGCUAGGGGUUUAUGA